AAAAAGACAUUGAAUAAAUACGGGUGAUAAAGCCGUUAAAGAAGCUUGAAUUAAUUUUGAAAUAUUUUUGUUUGUUAUAAAGUCGAAAUUACGUAAGAACAGUGAUAAGGGCACGGCGGUAUAAUUCGCUCAACACGCUAUGAAUUUAUGAAUAUUGUGUUUCGCUUCAUGAUCACAAUGAAAAAAAUAGUAUAAAAAUUCACGCGCCUACGUUUCUGCCUUAUUGCGGAUUUUACUAAGGUAUUCAAAUGGCUUACGUCGCUUUGGUGCUCUUGUUGGUGGCAGCCGUGAGCUGCUCCAGCAAUGAUAUCAUUGGCACUCCCGUUGAAGUCACAACGUUUCCCAGUAUUGUCCAGGUUGAGAUCCGCGUAGGUGAUUAUUGGAUCCAGAAGUGCGCUGGAGGUAUCAUCACCAAUUACCACAUCGUCUCUGUCGCCACGUGUUUUAGUGGAGCUAACUACAGUCCAGAACGCCGUCGAGUUAGAGCAGGCGCCAGUCGACGCGGUGAAGCCGGAAGUAUUGUCUACGUUAUGCAGGAAUACAACCACUAUUACUUCGGUUCCUUGGACGCUGACGGUGACAUAAGCGUCGUCCGUCUCACCGGUCCCCUGACCUUCAGUACCGGCAUAGCUCAGGCUCCUAUUGUCGGACAGGGGAUUGAGCUGCCUUCAGGACUUAAAGUUGUGAACGUUGGCUGGGGCACCACUGUUCAAGGGAGCCAGGACGUCGACGACGCCUUGUACAAACUCGACCUAUUUACUCAGAAUAAUGACCGCUGUGUCGUUAAGUACCUUUAUGCAACUAACCCCAGAGUCGUUACCGAGAAUAUGAUCUGUGCCGGUCUGUACGGGAAAGGUCGGGACUUUGACGUCAGUGACCUUGGUUCCCCCCUCUACUAUGACAACGUCCUAGUGGGUCUCCUCUCGUUUGGCGUGCCUAACGCUGAUGAUGAGUACCCUGUUGUCGCUACUGCUGUAUCGUUUUUCAGUAACUGGAUCACCAGAACCGCCGUUUAAUAUUAAGGAUAGUUACUUAAGAAUUAAUUUGUUCAUGUCUUGUACGUUUGUUUUUGUUAUGUACUUUUAGAGCUGACGAGAAAAACUGCACUAAAAUUGUUUUUGAUUCUGAAUAAAGUUUCAAAAGAAUA